AUGGACAACUUUCUAGAACGAUGUCCACCUGGCUACGUCGAGGUUCUCGGAAGCCUCGGUGUUCAACUGGGCUACUUCGCUUGCGGGAUAAUCAUGGAAAAGAUGCGGCCUGCCUACGUUACCGCAACAUCUCGUGAAAUCCUGCACAAGAGCAUCUUCAAUCACUUCAUUUUGAAUUCCCUCCAUUUCGUUAUAGCGUGUUGCAUGGGUGGCAAGUCGAUUUUGUCACACAAAUAUCCCGCACCGUACCAGCUGCCGUCUUGGAGCGCUUUUAUAUCAGAACUGGCAAUCGGUAUGGUGUUGCGGGAUGCUGUAUUUUGGAUCAUCCACCGUCUGUUGCACAUUCCUGGAGUAUACGAGAGAGUGCACGCGAAGCACCACGAGAUCAAAAACCCAGGCAACCAUCAUGUUUUUACCAUCAGCUACAUGUCAGCUGUGGAUUUCUUCUUUUUGUAUGCAAUUCCGAUAGUGUCUGUGGCAAGAUUCCUGGACAUGAAGCUCGUCACCACCUUGGUGUUCUCCUUCAUUUCUGCAACGGGAGAACAGGUUAAACUUGUGUGGGGGGACGAGGCCCACGAUGAGCAUCACGUGAACGGGGCAGUCAAUUUCGGAGCCUACGGACCUAUGGACUGGGUCUGUGGAACUAGCGGUCAGUGA